AUGGUUUACGUCGGUAUUCCGAAGAAUUACACGCAGUCCCCGUCUUCCUUUGCGGGGACUCCUUCUCUGACCAUCAACUAUGAGGCAACACAGGACCUGGACUCCAGCAAUGCCUUCGAAGGUCGGUCAAUUCCAAACUUGUUGUCGGACGAAAUACUGAUGCUCUAUAUAGGUCCUGAGAAGCUGCUCGAGGUCUGGUUUGCUCCGUCUGCCAGCGAGCUCGGUGCCGCAGGCCCAGAGGGCCUGAAGAAGGUGCCCAGUGAGAUCUGGAAGGAUAUGCUGGACCUUGUCAAUUGCCAGGUUCUAUCGGUUGUCUCAUCUGAGGAUGUGGAUGCCUACCUCCUGUCGGAGUCCAGCAUGUUCGUCUGGCCGCAUAAGCUGAUUCUCAAGACCUGCGGCACCACAACUCUGUUGUCGGGUCUCCCACGUAUUUUGGAGAUUGCCACCUUGUUUGCAGGAUUCCCGCGCGCGACUGCUCCGCCGUCUCGUGGGAUUACUGUGGCCGCGGCUCCUUACCGGGUCUUCUACAGCCGGAAGAACUAUCUGUUCCCUGACCGCCAGCGCGGCCCUCACCGCAGUUGGCGCGACGAGGUUCGCAACAUGGACAAGCUGUUCCUCAAUGGCAGUGCCUAUAUGAUUGGCAAGAUGAAUGGAGAGCAUUGGUAUCUGUACCUGACUGAGCCUCACACGCUGCUCACUCCCCCGGCCAGCCCCAAAGAGGAGGACACCGAUUUUACCGAGACUGAGACCAAGGUUCUCAGCUUCCCGAAAUCCUCCCUGAUCCCGGAUUGCGAUGAGCACGAUGAGACUCUGGAGGUUCUGAUGACCGACCUGGAUGAGGAGAAUGCGAAGCAAUUCUACCUGGACAACGCCACCUCUGUGGCUGAGAAGCGUUCUCGCAACUUGGAGAAGGAUGAGGGUGUAGAGCACAUCGAUGUGUUCAGCAAUGGUUCUGACCUGGAUGACCCCGAUGUGGACCGAAUGCUCCCGGCGGAGCUGACCACUGAGGGUCACGCACUCGGCACUGUCGUCUCUGAAGCCUGUGGCCUGUCGGACGUGUACCCGAAGAGCAAGUUCCCAGAUGCUCGCAUCGACGCGUACCUCUUCACGCCAUGCGGGUUCUCCGCCAACGGCGUUGUCCCUGCUCCGGAUGGGAAGGCUCCCACGCACUAUUUCACCGUUCACGUCACGCCAGAGCCGCACUGCUCGUACGCUUCCUUCGAGACUAACGUCCCACACUCGCAGAAUGGGAAGACCACUGCCGACAUCAUCCAGCAGGUCGUUGAUAUCUUCAAGCCUGGCCGUUUCAGCAUCACUUUGUUCGAGACUAAGCCGGCCAUUGAGGAUAUGAGUGCUGAUCCAAAUAACUUCAAUGAGGUACACGCGCAGCACCAGGCCAUGCGUCGGAACCCCAAGAUGGAGCACAUUGAUGGCUACCGCCGGGUUGACCGCAUUGUCCACGACUUGAAUGGGUACGAUCUCGUGUUCCGCUACUAUGAGCGCAAUGACUGGAAAGGGGGGCUCCCAGGCUUGGAGAGAAGUUCUAAGGGCACCAUUCCCUUCAUGGAGUCCUUGGAGAUAGUCUAUUUACUCUCUGCACGUCCGCUAGUUCCAGUUUUUGGCCUGCUUUCAUGUCACUUUUCCUGA